CAAAAUUUAUACAUAAUUUUAGAAACAUUUUAAAAGCGGAGAAACAAUAACAAUUAUCCAAGUACUUAUUUUAUUGUCCCGAAUGAUUGUAGAGAGAGAGGAUUAUGUUGGGUCUGUAAGCUGAUUGCAAACAAAAUCUCAGAUUAAUUAGGGAAAUGAACGAUAGAUAGGACAAUCAUCUCCCUUGGUUUAAGAUUUUUGGAUGGAACCAAAAACAAAAUCGCGAGAACUAUGUCCUACCAUUAUCUUUAACAAGUUGUAUCAAAGCCAUAAUCUAAACCUAGCUGUGUCGGUGAAUCAUGUCGAAAGAAGAAGUGAUGAGUCUCAGAAAGUGUAGUUAUGGUGUAAUUCGUGGGAUCUCCCUUGGUUCGAGGUCUUUUGAAUGGAACAAAAAUCAACUGUAGGUUGAAGCAGACAAUAUGAUGCCAUACCAUGCCAAAAUAUGUCACGUACUAUCCUUCAAUGCUAAAUAUUUUAGCAAGAAAGGAAUCUGGAAGAGCAGAGAAUUGGGGGGCAGAUGCAGAGUAUGGAAAAGAAGGGGAAAAAAAACCGUAUACAACAGAACAAUGUUGGGGAAAUGAAGAAAAAACUCAUGAAUCUUUACCAAUCAGGGCAAUGCCGGAAGCACGAAUAGGAGACUCAGGCGACGGCAGAAUGAAGAAAUUUCUUCUUCUGAUUCUCAAUCUCCUUUUAACAACGAUCCCAACUAUGUUUCUCACACAAACCCAUUUGUCGAAAUCUUCUAGCCUUUUUCUUCCCAAUCUUGUUUCCUGUUGGGCAUUGUGUGUACUGUGUAGAACAAGGAAAUGGGUCUUCGAUAGCGAAUUUGGUUGUGAGUUUUCUUUCUCCGUCUUGAUUUCUUGCGGAUCAUUAGAACUAAGCAAACCUGGCGAAACAGACAUUGGCAUUUUACUGGAAGAUGGUCGCAUUUGGCAAGAAGUUGAGAGAAUCGCAGAUUCCAGAAUGGCGAGAGUUCUAUAUCAAUUAUAAAUUAAUGAAGAAGAAAGUUAAUAGAUACACACUACAAAUAGAGAUUGGAGCAGAAAAUCACCACUAUGUGCUUGGGGACUUCUCAAGAUUAUUAGAUAUUCAGAUUGAAAAGAUCGUUUUAUUUUUGUUGGAGCAACAAGGACUACUUGCAAGGAGGUUAUCUAGUCUUGGUGAAGAGCAAGGUGUCCUCUCCCAACAGCUGGGAGAAACAAGAGUUGAUGAACUACAAGAAAAAUAUAGAGCAGCUGGCCAAGAUCUUUUGAGGCUUCUUGCUUUUGUGGAGAUGAAUGCAAUUGGUCUACGCAAGAUAUUAAAAAAGUUCGAUAAACGAUUUGGCUACAAGUUUACAGAUUAUUAUGUCAAAACUCGUGCUAACCAUCCUCAUUCCCUACUGAAACAAGUUUUUAAGCAAGUGGGUAUAGGUGCUGUUGCUGGUGCCAUAUCUCGUAAUCUUGCAGAGCUUCACGAUCAUAAGGGGAGUUACAUCUCGAUAUAUGAUCAACUUAGCCUUCCACAUCAGGACCCUGUAAUUGAUUCCAUAAAAGCAGCUCUAAACAGAUUAUCAAGCUCAACAAACUUUCUUCAAUUUUUGGGAAAGCAUGCCAUGCUUUUGGAAGAUGAAUUAUCAGAUUCCGCUGGGAAUGAAAUUGAUCAAAGAUAUCAUUUUAUGUCACUUCUUUUGAACUUAGCAAGCACAUUUUUGUAUAUGGUAAAUACAUAUAUCAUUGUACCAACGGCAGACAACUACUCCAUGAGCCUGGGAGCUGCAGCAACUGUCUGUGGCAUUGUAAUUGGAGCUAUGGCUGUGGCACAAGUGUUUUCUUCAGUUUAUUUCAGUUCUUGGUCAAACAGAUCAUACAUUCAGCCACUGGUGUUUAGUAGCUUUAUUCUUGUGGUGGGUAACACAUUGUAUGCCCUGGCAUAUGAUCUCAAGUCAAUCGCUAUUCUUCUCAUUGGCCGUCUUCUUUGUGGGUUGGGUUCUGCAAGAGCAGUCAACCGGCGUUAUAUUACAGACUGUGUGCCAUUAAAAUUACGAAUGCAAGCUUCUGCUGGAUUUGUUAGUGCAAGUGCACUGGGAAUGGCAUGUGGCCCAGCUCUUGCUUGGUUCUUUCGAAGAAAUUUCAAGAUUUUAACCAUUACAUUUAAUGAGGACACUUUGCCUGGUUGGGCCAUGGCUCUUGCAUGGCUCAUUUAUCUCGUAUGGUUGUGCAUUUGUUUCAAAGAGCCUCUAUCACUCAUGCCAUCAGAAGCCAAUGUUGGGCAAACGGUAAAUCUUAUUGUGGAGAAUGGUUGUAUACAACCACUAUUAGACAAAGAUGGUAAACAAGAAUGUGCAGACCAAGAAUGUGAUGAUGAUGAUGAUGAAUCUCAUAAGGGAAAUCGCAAACCAGUCAAUUCAAUUAUGUCAGCUUAUAAGUUACUUACACCAUCUGUCAAGGUUCAACUAUUUGUAUAUUUUAUGCUAAAAUAUGCGAUGGAGAUUGUACUUGCUGAAUCAACUGUAAUCACUGGCUACUACUUCGUUUGGUCAACUUCCAAUGUCGCAAUCUUUCUCGCAUGCCUUGGCUUGACAGUGCUCCCUGUAAACAUCAUCGUUGGCAACUACCUUAGUAACUUAUUUGAAGAAAGGCAACUUCUUCUUGCAUCUGAAAUUUUGGUUUGCAUAGGCAUAAUAUUGAGCUUCCAUACUUUGAUUCCUUACUCAGUACCUCAAUAUGUCUGCUCAGCACUAAUCACGUUUGUUGCUGCUGAAGUUCUUGAAGGUGUAAAUCUAUCACUUCUCUCUCGAGUUAUGUCGUCGAGGCUUUCCAGUGGCACUUUUAAUGGGGGCCUACUUUCCACAGAAGCUGGAACUCUGGCUCGAGUGAUCGCCGAUGGCACGAUAACGUUGUCGGGGUAUUUCAGCGACAGCAAACUCUUGAAUGCUACAUUACUUCCUUCACUUUUUAUUUGUAUAAAUGCCAUUAUAGCGACAUGUUUUACCUACAACUCUCUUUACUGAAUUUUCCUUUUUUCUUUUCCCACUUGUUAUUAUUCAUAUGUCUAAUGGAUUAUCUUGGAUUGGGAAGAAAGCUCCCCAAAGUAUCUUGGUAAAAUGAAACUUUUUUUCAAACAUUUAUAUGGGUUGAUAUGAAUUUCUAUGUUAUUAGAA